CAACCAACGCGAAUGCUCCUUCUUCGGUUUCGUAAACAAAUUAAGGCCUACUUCGAGAAAAGCGCAGUGUCUGUCUGACAGAGAUAGUGAGAGCAUAUAUUUGGGCUUUGAAUAACGUGUAAAAAAUAUAUACCAGCAGCAUGAGAGAAAAACGCAAACCUACCACGUCCCAACGACUUGAUGCAGAGAAGAGGCGAUGCCUGUCAUGGGACAUGUACAGUGCAUCUGACACCGCCUCAACUGAAGGUCAGCCAAGCACGAGUCAAGUUGAUGAAGGCAUCGAUCCAGAUAUGGUCUUUGGUGUUAUGUCAGAUAUGGGCCUGCGUCUUGUAGAGGAUGGGACUUAUGAGGUACCAGACCAAUCAUCGGGUGUGGACCUGUGCCCUCUAUCAGAUGUGAGCCUUCAUCUUGGAGAGGACAGUCCAAAGAAUGCAUCAGACCCUGUAUCAGAUGAGGAAGUUACUAACUUGACAGGGGUUAAGGAUAUCCCCUUUCUUACAGAGGAAGUAGUCUGUACUGAGCCAGAGGACGUCGAAUACCAGUUCCGCAUCUCAAGGGCCAAGUUUGAUAUAUUGGAAAAAGAGGCAGCCUACAGCAUCAAGGUUCACUUGCACCAACCUGAAGAAAAGAAUCAGAAAGGUCUUCUGUGCACCAUGAAGGUGAAACUGUUGCCUGUUGCUCCUGCUGUCAUUCCUCAGCCAAACCCCCAACUGCCAACAGAUGGAUACAGUACCCUCCUCCUGCGAGACGCACCAGGUUUGGAUUUCCUAGUGUUCUACGAUGAGCAGACCAAAAACUUGCCUAUUUGUAAAUUCAGCAAAAAGGAUCGUCUGCUAGGACGUGGAACCUUCCUGGCAUUCGCUGUUGAGAUGGACAGAAGACCAAGCACCUCUUGCCUUGAAAGCUUCCAAGAACUUGUCAAAGUGAAGAAAGGGAUGCUCCAGCUCUGUAUUCAUGAGUAUGAUCCUGUGUCUGGAUGUGCCGUGUUAGAUGCUUGGAUUCUUUCCGGUAUAGUGUCUCAGCCAUCCUUUGCAUCUCAAUGUCCGUCUAAGAAACGGCACCUUGAAUAUGUUUCCCAACUGAUGAAUUGGUAUCAUGGAUACCCACUACCAACUAAUAAAAAAGACAAGGUGCACAAAAGGUACGACUACAACACGCUCUUUGACAAAGUGCGCCAGUAUCACGAGACACAGGAGGUAGUGGAGGUGAUUGACGUCCAGCACGCGAUCCUUGUCCCGGUCUUGCGGCCGUACCAGCGCGAUGCUGUCUGCUGGAUGGUCCAGAGGGAGACAAUGACACAAAAAGACAAGGGUCAGCUGCAUGUUCUUUGGAGGCAGUUCAAGACAGUCGAUGACAGGACCUUGUACUAUAACCCCCAAAGUGGCGAGAUCACUGACCAAAUGCAAGAAAUGCCAGAGGACUUUCCUGGUGGAAUCCUGGCUGAUGAAAUGGGGCUUGGAAAGACAGUGGAAGUCCUGGCCUUGAUCCUUGCUCAUCCAAGGUGGGCCAAAGACUUCUCCAGAGGAACUGCUACCUCAUCCGGUUUACAUGAUAACCCUGAUGGCAAUCACAUUUUGAGGGAACAUUCCAAUAAUGACAACACUUCAUCCUCCAUGCAGGACAACUUACCAGAGUGUGCAAGAAGUGUUGAAGAUAUUCCUCAAGACAAUGACCUCUCAGAAGAACAUUCCAAAAACAACAAUGCUACUUCUUCUCUGCAGGACAAAUCACCAGAGACUGCAGGAAGUGUAGAAGAUGUUCCUUCUGCAGAGGAAGGAUCAUCGGAUAGUAGAACUGAAGUAUUAUUGACUUCAUCUUUGACUGAAGCCAUUCCUGACGUACCAAGUGUGUCAUCCUCCAUGCAGGACAAUGUACCAGAGAGUGCAAGUACUGAUCAUCCAGCAGUGGAAGGUUCAUCGGGUCAUAGAACUGCAGGAACAUUGAUUUCAUCAGGGAGUAUAGCCAAUCCUAAAGUACAAGAGGAUGUAGCUUUAGCGGUACCAAAUGAACAGGAUACCAAUGGAACAGAUGGAGAUACCCUUCAAGGAAGAGCCGUGUCAGUUGAUGACGUAUCAUCAUCAUUUCCAAUAAAUGGGAUGGAUGUGAGGCAUACUGCUGCAAAGGAAGCAACAGAAACCACCCCAAGUCAGGAAUCGUCUGAACUCGUAGAGUCAAAUCCCAACAAAGGAGAACAUUCACAGAAUGUUGAGAACAGUGAAAGCCAGAGGCAAGGUGAAACCAUGCCAUCAGUUAUCAUCGAUGGAGUGGAAACAAGAAUCCUUGCUUUAAAAGUAGAAUCAGAAUUUGAGUCAGACGUUGAUCUCUGUAACUCUAUGAUCAAUCAACAACCACAAGAGAAUAACCCAUUCUUAGAACCCAAUGUGCAAUACACUAGCCAAGUUGUAAAUCAUGGCAAUAGUACUACUCAAAAUGCAAUAGGAGUGGAUUCCUCCAUGCGUUUACCAGCUGAAGAAGGAAUGUCUUUGACAGUGAUCAAAGAAGAACCGGACAAUUCAAGUUCAGUUGAGAUGCAUGAACAACUUGAAUCACUAAUGGAAGAUGUGAAAGAGGCAAUAUCAGAAAGUGAGAACCCUAAAGUCUUUGAGUGUAUAUGUGGUCGGUACGAGCAGAACAUCCGUUUACCAGCGUGCGUGCAGUGCCUGCGAUGUCAUUCCUGGCUCCAUGCUGCAUGCAUUGGCUUUGAUAUUCACAUGCGGGAUAAACCCAGUCACGACCUGCAAUUCUGGUGUCCGAACUGCUUCCCCAAGGUGCCACCACUUGAAUCUGGUGCGACACUGAUCAUUUCACCAGCCUCCAUAUCUUAUCAGUGGGUUGAUGAGAUUAAUAGGCACAUCGACUCAUCCACCCUCAAAAUUAUGAUGUACGAGGGUGUAAAGAAAGAAGGCUACAUCCAACCACAAACCCUUGCAGAUUUUGACAUUGUCAUUACGACCUACAGCACACUCCGGACAGAGCUGGACUAUGCUAAUCUCUCUCAACCAGGUGCCGAGGGGCGUAGCCUUCGCAAAGCUAAGCGGUACCAGACCACGCCCAGUCCUUUACCCUGUGUAGAGUGGUGGAGGAUUUGCCUGGACGAGGCGCAGAUGAUUGAGUACACGACCGCUAAGUCAGCUGAGAUGGCUAAUAGGCUAUCCGCAAGGAACAGAUGGUGUGUGACUGGAACGCCUAUACAGAAGAGUCUUGAUGAUCUGUAUGGCCUGUUCUUGUUUCUUGGGGUUGAACCUUACUGGGUGAAGCACUGGUGGGAUGUACUUCUAAGUGUCCCUUACAGUAAUGGCCACAGGGAACCACUACAGAAGGCACUCUGCAAGAUCUUCUGGCGCUCUGCCAAGAAGGAUGUCCUUGAUCAGAUUGCACUUCCACCCCAGAGGGAGGAGAUACACUGGUUGGAUUUCUCACCUGUUGAGAAGUACUUCUACAAGACAAAACAUGAAGAGUGCUCUGUCCACUUCACAUUUAAUUCUGACAAGGCCAGCAUCGGUCCUGAAACCAAGCUCUCGACCCUUGAUAGAAGAUCACUUCAGAGUCUACUGGGACCUCUCCUGAGGGUUCGCCAGGCCUGCUGCCACCCUCGCAUUGUGAGGGGUGAGUUCACUGCCCUGCAGAAGAAGAAGCAGCUUAGCAUGCAGGAUCUGCUGAAGACCAUGAUAACUAAGGCUGAGAUAGACAGUGACGGGGCCCAUCGUCAGCUAGUCUGUGCCAUGAAUGCCUUGGCUGCGGUACACUGCAUCAAGGAGGAGCUACCUGAAGCUGCUUCCCUGUACCGUGAAGUUCUGAAGUCGGCUGAAGAGCACAAAGACAAGAUCAAGACGGACAAGCUCCAGAUACUGCACGCAACCUACAACCUUGACAAGAUACUCAAGGAUAGACCAGAGGUUGUCCAACCCAGCCCAGCUGAUGGCAAUCUUGCUAGAAGGAUGGUGUCCCUGAGGAAUCAGUACCUGCAGAAAACGGCUCAUCUUGUAAGUGGUAGCUUACAGACCGUUCAACCAAUCAGAGACAAGGUUGUAGAGCAACAAGAGAAGCUCCCAGGAGGCCCAGCAUGGUACCUGGAUGGCAUUCAAUGGGCCAUCUAUCAGGGAUUAGGAGCAGAACUGGUCAAAAGAAUCAAGACUGAACUAGAGGCAAAGAGUGAAGUUAUGGGAUUAGCUAACAGAUUCCGGGAUGCAAGGGGACUUCAGUUCAUCCUGACCAAUGAGCUUGAGGAGCUAGCUCAACUCUAUGAAUCGGCUUGGGACGGAGUAGAUAGUCUACAAGACAGACUCCAGGACAAGGCUCUUCUAGCUGAAGCAACAGACUGCCAUCUUAGACCCUUCAAAGGGAAAGCAAAGAACACGUGUCCAUUUUGCAAGGUUCAGGACCAUCUGCAAAGAUACGAGAUGAAACUCUUUUCAUUUGAUGUCAGAAAUCUGGAGGCAGUUGGAUUGGCUGGUCCAUCCAAUGCUGACCCCAACCAAGACGACUUCAACAUGAUGGCCGGUGGACCCCGUGGUAACUGGGCUAUCAGUGAACACGAGAGGGCGCUUCGUAUCCUGCACAGCUUCCUGAAGAGCUGCAGUGCCGAUGAUUUGACGUUGGAAGAAGGGACCACCUUUUUGGACAUGCUUGAACAGCAAAGGAAAGAAUUCAAGCCACUGAGAGCAUACUGGGGUGCCAUGCGUGAUCGAGUGGCAGCCAUGGAUGAAUUGGAGAUGGCAAUGUUGAGGUUAAGGGUCAAACUACAAGGAGAAGAAACGGAUCCGGCCUCCCAGCCUUAUAUCAUUGAACCAUUGGAGGUGGAACAGCAGAGGUAUAGGUUCCUGAAUGACCGUAUAGUUGCCAGGAAUGACCUCAAGAGGAAGCUAGGUCAGUUGCUCUACCUGCAGAAUCUGGACAAAGCUCAAUACAACCUCAAGGAUGGUCAUAACCCCGAGGUCUGUCCUAUCUGUGUCAGACCUCUUGGUGGACAGUGGACGGUCCUUCAGUGUGGGCACUGCUUCUGCACCGAGUGCAUGGAGACCAUGCUGAUGCGUGUCCACAUCGCCGGCCGCCAGGGUUCGGUCAAGUGCGCCGUCUGUCGCUUGCCUACAGAGGGCACGGACGUCUCCUACGUCAGCGUGACGCUGCAGCCGGGUUCCUCGGAGGCGGCGGAAGAGAGAGUUGUGGAGGAGAGUAUCAAGGUCGAGGGGGAUCACUCGACGAAGAUCGAAGCGGUGGUGAGGACUCUGAAGAAGAUUCAGAUGACGGAGCCUGGAGCCAAGGCAAUUGUGUUUUCCACUUGGUCCGAGGUCCUCGAACUCAUCUCAAAAGCUCUGACUCAGAAUUGGAUCAACUUUAAAAAUGCAGCAAAGAAUGGAGGCCAAAAAUAUUUUCAUGCUGCAUUGGCCGACUUCAAGCAUGAUCCAGACAUCACUGUCCUCCUCCUACCGGUCCAUAGCGGUAGUAAAGGCCUAAAUCUCAUUGAGGCAACCCAUGUUCUUCUGGUUGAACCUAUUCUCAAUCCAGCUAGCGAACUGCAAGCCAUUGGCAGGGUGCAUCGUAUUGGACAAACAAAGCCAACGGUUGUGCAUCGGUUCCUCAUCCAUGAGACCAUUGAAGAGAAACUCCAUACCUACCUCAGUACACAUACAAUCAGAGAUGGACUCAACUCAGUGGAGACUGAUACUGGAGACAUGACCUUCUCUGACCUUAAGGGAUUAUUCUCAUCGGAAACUUAAUUCGGAGCUAAUCCAGAAAGGCUCCAUGAUCUGCAGAUAUGCAAGAAUCAGCAUGUAUUCAUGAAGGUUUUUCAUACAUGUCAAGUGAAUCAGCAUGUAGAUGGUUCUAACUCUGGAAACUCUACACUUGAUGUAAAUGACCAUCAUAAAAAGUUGUUAUAGGAGAAGUGAGAGUACAGAAACAGAACAGGUGUUGGAUUGCAUGUUCUCAAAGGAGUUUGAUUAGAGAUUCAAAAUGAAAAAUUGUAUGCAUAGGCUGAAUAGACCUU